AUGGGUUAUGACAUAGGUAGAUUUCAGGGAGAAGUUGAUGAAGAAUUACUUUGUCCUAUUUGUACUGGGGUUUUAGAGGAUCCGAUUCAGGCUCCCUCUUGUGAACAUGCAUUUUGUAGGGGUUGCAUAAAUGAAUGGGUAUCCAGACAACCUACCUGUCCUGUUGAUAGAUUAGUUAUUACAUCUGCUCACUUGCGUCCCGUACCUAGAAUUACAAGAAACUUAUUAUCUAGACUUAAUAUAAAUUGUGAUAAUGCCUUAUAUGGAUGCUCAUCAGUUUUAAAAUUGAAUGAUCUUGCCAAUCAUGUUGAAGAAUGUGAAUUCAAUCCGAAAAGGCCUAUUCCAUGUGAUUUGGGAUGUGGUCUAGUCAUUCCAAAAGAUGAAAUUAAAGAUCAUAAUUGUGUUAAAGAAUUGAGAGCAUUAAUUCAAAAAUACCAGGAAAAACUUUCAGAUUUUCAACAACAGUUAAGUGAGCAAAGGUUUCAAUUAGAACAACAAAAACAAGAAUUGUCUCUUUUAAAAGAAUUUAUGAGAGCUAUGAGAGUUUCCAAUCCGAAUUUAAGAGCACUAGCAGAUCAAAUGGAACAAGAUGAAGUUGUUAGGUGGUCUGCAACAUUACCUAGAGCAAGAGUUACACGUUGGGGCGGAAUGAUAUCAACACCUGAUGCAUUAUUACAGGCUGCCGGGUUGAGCUCCCUGGAAACGAGGCAAAGUAAUAGGAGAAGUUAUGAAAAUUAUGUAUGUAAAAAAGUUCCUGGAAAGCAAGCAGUUGUAGUUUUACAUUGUGAUAAUCAUCAUAUGACGGAUGAUAUGAUUACAGAACCUGGGCUACUCAUGAUAUUCGCUCAUGGAAUCGAAUGA